GGUUCCUCUGCCCCUGUGCCUUGCUUUCCCCUCUAAGCACUUCACGUAGUGUGUGUGUGUGUUUCUCUCUCUCUCCUACGGCUGUUACAGUUCACCCUGGGUGUGAGAGUGAGUAACACACAGCUGGGAACCCACAGACUGCUUUGCUGAGCUGUGUCUGCAGAUUUAGACUGCAUUUAGCCUCCGAAACAGGCUCUUCACAUUCUACCCGUCGCAAAUAAACGUGACUGCAAGACUCCGGCCGCCCUGCUCUGAGCAGCUCCAACCCCGGACAAGCAGACACAACAGUCAGGAUGCAGCAAGCUGGGCGAGAGCCAGCGAGACAGCCCUCAGAGCCGGAGGGCGUCCCGGCGGAGAUGGUCAUCACAGACACGAUUGCGGCCGAGCCCGACGGGGAGAUUUACAUGAAUUUUAUGAAGGAGAACUGCUGUUACGAUGCCAUUCCCACCAGCUCCAAACUCAUGGUGUUUGACAUCAAGCUGCAGGUGAAGAAAGCCUUCCUCGCGAUGGUCGCCAAUGGGGUGAGGGCGGCCCCACUGUGGGACAAUGUGCGACAGUGCUUUGUGGGCAUGCUGACCAUCACAGACUUCAUCAACAUCCUACACAAGUAUUACACCUCUCCCAUGGUGCAAAUUUAUGAAUUAGAAGAGCAUAAAAUCGAGACCUGGAGAGAAAUUUAUUUACAAGAUUCCUUUAAAACGCUGAUCAGCAUCUCCCCCAACAGCAGCCUCUUUGACGCCGUUUACUCUCUGAUUAAGAAUAAAAUUCAUCGUCUCCCGAUCAUCGACCCAGUGUCCGGCAACGCGCUGUAUGUCCUGACCCACAAGCGCAUCCUCAAGUACCUGCAUCUCUUCGGCGCGAAGCUGCCCAGAGCGAGUUUUAUGAGCAAGACGCUGAGAGAGCUGAGCAUCGGGACUUACCGGCACGUGGCUGUGGUGGAGGCCACAUCCCCCGUUUAUAAGGCCCUCGAGCUCUUCGUGGCCAGGAGAGUGUCCGCUCUGCCUGUGGUCAACCAGGAGGGCAAAGUGGUGAACCUCUAUUCCCGAUUUGACGCGAUAAACCUGGCCGCUCAGAAAGCCUACAACAACCUGGACAUCAGUGUGAAGGAGGCCCUGGAGCAUCGCUGGCACUGCUUCGAGAACGUGCUCAAGUGUCAGGACGAGACGCUGGAGGUCAUCAUCGACCGGUUGGUCAAACACGAGGUCCAUCGGUUGGUAUUGGUGGACGAUGAGGAUUUAGUGCAGGGGAUCAUUUCACUGUCUGAUAUCCUACAAGCCCUGGUCCUCUCCCCCGCAGAUUCUCAACAGACACGAGAUUCCAACCAGUCACAGGGGACAACCCUGCGAUGAGACGAUGGGAUGUCCACGGGAGGCGAGGUCACAGAGGCGAAAGCUUAAGCCUUCGAGGA